AUGUCGUUCCUGUUUGGAAGAGCCCGUACACGCACAGUAGCCGAUCUCCCCAAGCAGGCCCGCGAGCAUGUCUUGAAGCUCGAGGGGCCACAGGGCCCUUCCAAGGCCGAAGAGCUUGCCCGAGUCUUGAGCCAGAUGAAGACUAUCCUGCAGGGAACUCCCGAGGCCGAUACCUCUCCAGAACAGAUCUUACAGCUUGUGACUGGUCUCAUCGACGAAGAUCUCCUCCACCUCCUCGCCGUCAAUCUCUUUCGUCUUCCAUUCGAGUCACGUAAAGAUACACAAGUCAUAUUCUCCUACGUCUUCCGUUUCCGCCCCGCCACCGCCGCCCCCAAAAGCGACCCUCUCGCACUAUCAUACGUUGUCUGCAAUCGACCCCAGGUUCUAGUUGAGCUAUGUCGAGGGUAUGAUCACAAAGAGAGCGCUACGCCAGCAGGUUCAGUCCUACGAGAGCUGCUCAAGAAUGAGGCCGCUGCGGCAAUCAUUCUAUACGACGACGGAGACGAGCCAGGCUCGAGUUCCAAGGGUCUGAAUGCCAUUGACCGUGAUCGACCCCAAAGUGGUAGGGGCGUGUUCUGGAGAUUCUUCGAUUGGGUUGAUAAGAGCUCCUUCGAGGUGGCAGCAGAUGCUUUCACCACUUUUCGAGAACUCCUAACACGCCACAAGGACCUUGUACCAAGAUACUUGAACGCAAACUUUGAACUCUUCUUCGACAAGUACAACAACAUCUUGGUGCAAUCCAACAGCUAUGUGACCAAGCGCCAGUCCAUAAAGCUUCUCGGUGAGAUCUUGCUUGAUCGCUCCAACUAUAACGUCAUGACUGCCUAUGUUGAUCGCGGGGAGCAUCUCAAGAUAUGCAUGAACCUGCUACGCGAUGAUAGGAAAAUGGUUCAGUACGAGGGCUUCCACGUAUUCAAGGUCUUUGUUGCAAACCCACACAAGUCAAUUGCCGUCCAGAAGAUUCUCCUCAUGAAUCGCGAUAAGCUUCUCACUUUCCUCUCUCACUUCCUCGAGGAUCGGACAGAUGACGAGCAGUUCAUCGAUGAGAGAGAAUUUUUAAUCAAGCAAAUCCGCGGCAUGCCCUCAGUUCCCGUUGCUCCUCAGCGGUAA